AUGGCAGGCAACCUUGAGGUCAACAACAACAGCAGGAACAGCAACAACAACCGGCUGCAGGACACGGAAAAGUAUGGUGAGAAACUCAAUUCCAACCAGUUCUCGCUUUCGAAAGCACCUACAAUAUUCAAAAUGGGUGUCAGAGAGAUCACUCCCGCCUCCAACAUGGGCCGUGGUGCCUACGACACGACUGGAGUGCCCAAGCCUCCUCCUCGCCCCAAGCCUCGAUAA